GAGACUGGAGGGCUUUUGGCCCAGGAGGUGGAUUUAGACGAAGCAGGGGAGCGAGCACGAGAAUGCAUCUGCUCCAGGGUACGUUUCUGCCGUUGCCUUCUCCUCUCACGGUGCGGUCGACCGACGACGAUGUGGUUCGUAGUUCCCGUUCGAUCUUCUCAGAGAUCGAGAUACUGUAGGCUCUGGGUUUUUCUGAGAGGAGCAGGAAUUCUUGGAUUUGACAAGGGACGGAUUUUGUCUCUGUGCGUUUGUGAUUGCUCCCUGUGAAUUUGAUUGUGAUCUAUGAAUGUGUAAGCAUCACACAGAAACUCCGCCGUUUGGUAGAGGGUAGAGGUUGCCUGCACUGGAGGAAAUGUCGAAGCAGCAUUGGAUGCAGGUUGGAAAAGCCUUGUUAAGCACUUACGCCAUCGUUGGUGCGGCAUGGUGGUGGGAUGAGGCUUCUCCUUUGGGUUGGUGGACUUUGAAGCCUCGAACUAAGGAAGAGAAGGAAAUGGCCCACCUGUAUCAACGUAGGGAUUUCCCAUACCCAGGAGACGAAGAGGCUGUAAAAGAAUUUGUUGCCAAAGGAGGAACGUACGGGACCACUAUUGGAACUCAAGCUGCCAUGCAAAGUGCUGGUGAUGAUCUCAUAUCUGACCUACAGCGGGAAAAGUUCGAAAGGGAGGCACAAAAGCUUUGGCUUAGAAUGCGGCACGAAGUUCUACGAGAGUUUGAGGAAAGAGGUUACGACCCUACUGGUGGGAGAGAGAAUGUUGCUCCAUUGGAAACCUAGACUGGAUGGUCUAUGAUGAGAUUUUUAAUACGAAAUCGGGAAGACCUUGAUGGUAUUCAGAAAGGGUCUGUCUGCAUGUACACAUAACAUGAAGCACCUGAGAAGCGGUUGAUCUUAUUGUUGAGCAGAUGAACUGGCAGCAUUGUGGAGGUCAAAACCUCCACGAUGCUGCCAUCUCAAACGUUCAGAUAUCGAACAAACGCAGUGAUUGCAGUAAUCGUGCUGAAAUACUCUCACCAGGGUUCUUCAUGGGAAACCAACAGUUACAGUCUUGGAGAACAGGAAAUUUGUCUCAGUAACCGGAAGAAGGCCCAGGGUCUCCUUAACAGUAUUAGUCAGUUUGCAUGCUUCUGACGUGUUUCGUUCUUGGAGGAGCACUGCUUCCAUCGACUGAGGUGGCUGUCAAAACGCUUCUUUGAGAUUCUCCCAGAGGUGUGACGCAAAUAUUGUUGUCUUUAGCCCUACUUCUUCAAACAGCUUAAACAAGGUCCAUGCACCCAAGGGAUUGCGCACUGGCUGAUAAAAAGCUACACUCUCGAUGAGGCUUUUCCAAAUUUUUCUGCUGUCCUGCUGCUCUGUUGAAUGUUAGUGGGGUCGUUAGGAGGGUGUGGAAGCAACGCCAUUCCCUGCUGUAUGCAGCUGUACACUGUAUAGUUAGUGGAUGGUACAUUGUUAUGGAACUUUUUACGAAGGCUGUUUCUUCCUGGAAGUUUUCUUCUAAACAGGGUCACAUAGGUAGACACAUCGGAGGAGCAGAACAAUUUUGAUCGAAGCAGCUGUAGGAGUCCAGAAUCUAUGGAGGCUGAUGUGGGAAGUAGAUGUGGAAUUUGCUAGCAAGAAGCACUUGAUAGAAAAUGUGACUCUUUAUCACCCUUUUAUGACUAGGCCACCAGUAUCUGAAGUAGAUGCAAGUGUAAUGUUGGGCGCUCUUUACGUCAGUUCUUGACCAAAAGAGGAUAAUGUAAGUGCAAGUCUCGUCGCGGGACUGCUUCUCAGCAGUCCUUCUAUAAUCGCCAUGGUGGUGAAAUUUAAUCAUUUUCCACUGAAGAGGACGUGGAGCUUGUACCGACAAAGUGGACGAAGACGUCACAGGCCUAUCUUGGACCCAAGAUCACGCGUGAGUUCUCAAACGUUGGUAACGAGUUCCAUAUUGGCCCUUUCCUCUUCAAUCAUCGUAGCGUCUCUAUACAUCUGACAAUUCAAUUAGUUGCUCGUCUCGAUUGUACACAUUUGGUUCAAGUUUUGCGCAUGUGAUAUUACUUUCUGGAGGUUAGUUGUUUAGGUUGCACAGUAGAGAAGUUGGGUAAAAUGGAAUUUUAUCAUAGACCACUUUCAGCCCCUCAUGGAUACAAUCUCCGCUACUUUGUACCCAAUGUUCCCGUGGUUUUGCACCUUUUUCCAAGUAAGGUCUGUUCAAAAUUGCGUAUGGACUGUCACUCC